UUUUUUGCCGAGCAGUGGCAGAUUGGAUAAGAUUACAACGUUAGUUCGUUAGGAUAUGGCGGUGGGGCACGCCCAAAUUCUCAUCCGAUCCACAAACAUUAGGUUACUGUGAAUGCCUUUUCUCUGCGGCGGGGGGAAAGCGCCGGGACCACUGCGGCACAUUGCACCGCCCAUAAUAAUGACAGCUUUCAAAUAGUUAACGAAUUGUCUUAUACCUUUCCCCCUCCACCACCAUCUGGUCACACCGUUAGAUAUACCCUUUCACGUCGCUGGAUCCAUUGUCUCGCACAAUUCAUACCCUCCGAUAUACCAAGGGCCUUUCUACGUUGAUUCACCAGUACCUGAGUUUGAUCACAUGGAUCGUUACGCAAAGAUAGAAAAAGUUGGGGAGGGAACCUAUGGCGUUGUCUACAAAGCACGCGAUCUCACUACCAAUCAGAUAGUAGCUCUCAAGAAGAUCAGGUUGGAAGCUGAGGAUGAAGGCGUCCCCAGCACUGCUAUUCGUGAAAUUAGUUUACUCAAAGAACUGAAGGACGACAACAUCGUCCGGUUACUGGACAUUGUGCACGCAGAUCAAAAGCUGUACCUCGUGUUCGAGUUCCUCGACGUAGACCUCAAGCGGUAUAUGGAACAUGCAAACGCCAGUGGCACUCCCAUGUCCGCCGAUAUCAUAAAGAAAUUCACGCACCAGCUCAGUUCUGGGCUCCUCUACUGCCACUCCCAUCGCAUUCUCCACAGGGACCUCAAACCUCAAAAUCUACUUAUCGACAAGCGCAAUAAUCUCAAGCUCGCAGACUUCGGUCUGGCCAGGGCUUUUGGCAUCCCGAUGAGGACGUACACGCAUGAGGUUGUUACCCUCUGGUACCGUGCGCCUGAAGUUUUACUAGGAUCACGACACUACUCCACUGCCAUUGACAUGUGGUCAGUUGGAUGUAUAUUCGCUGAGAUGGUGAUGAAGGGGAACCCACUCUUUCCCGGUGAUUCGGAAAUUGACCAAAUUUUCAAAAUCUUCAGGAUCCUUGGGACGCCGAACGAACAGGUUUGGCCCGGUGUCAGCCAGCUUCCUGACUACAAAGAGACGUUCCCCCAAUGGUCGCGGCAAGACCUGCGUAGUGUGGUACCGAACCUUGACGAUAUGGGCAUUGAUCUGCUAUCGCGAACGCUAAUAUACGAUACUGCCAAGCGCAUCUCUGCGAAGCGCGCACUCUCGCAUCCCUGGUUUGCCGACUACUCUAAGUGAAGGUCACUAGAUGUUUUGUGUUGUCCAAUAGAUACCACCGUUGCAGAUUGUUUCUUACCCGUGCAUUCC